AUGGAUGCUGUGAUUAAACGAGGCAAUGUAAUGGCUAGUUUCACUGGUACCAAUAUUACACUACAUGAGAACGUUUCAUUUCCGUUGUUUUCGACAUUUCCAUUGGAGAUUCGACGUCAAAUCUGGAAACAUGCUUUGAUAGGUCCUCAUAUUCAUAUUGUAUCUAGCCAUGUGGCAACUCGUAGCAGAAUUACGGAAAUCAUGCAAACAUGCAAGGAGGCAUAUGAUGAGGGCAUUCACCUACAAUUUUCUCAUUUCACAUUUUGCAAUUAUGGUUCGUGGGGGGACGAAAAUUGUCAUGCACAACUUCCAAAACAUUACAUGAACCCAGACGCCGAUAUCAUGUGGCUUGUUGACAGUUCUGAGUGUAAACUUCCUACCUCUUUAGCAUUGUAUGAAGGACGUCCUACAUAUCGUAUGGUAAAGAUCUUUGCCAUAAAUCAUCAGCUAUGGCACGAUCCACGCCCACAAUGGGACAGCAACGUAAUGAGCUGGACAUUGGGAACAAUGGCUUUUCUACCAUACCAGAUGUGUGAGGAGAUAUACGUCGUUCUAAAUGAUGUAGCCUUUACCCUGGACCAUGGCGUCACUUUUUUCGAGCCAGUAGAUGGUCAUGAUGAGCUUCUCUCCUCUCGAAUGUUUACUUCUCAGGGCUAUGAGAAGCCUAACUCCGUUUUAUUCAAAGAAGCAGAACGAAGGAAGAAAAAUUUAGAAGAUUUUAGAAAACAACUCUCAAAGUUCGAAGAUGACUAUCAAGAAGGUAUCAAUGCACACACCUGGUUCAAGUAUCCACCUAUCAUACGCUAUGUUAUAGCAAAGCCAGGCGGGACUCAUUCUUUAUUCACGUGUAUCAAGAAUCAAAAGCCGAAAGUUGUUGGUCACAAAUCUCUCACUCCGCUCAACACAGUUUCCUUGCCCGACCAUCUAAAAGUUUUGGUCUCUAAUAAUGAUGAUGACAGCUGGUUUCCGGUGGAAAAUGGUACGGACGAUUACACUAGCGUUAACGCGGAGGAAGACGUGUAUGAAGACGCUUUAGAGUACGAUAGUCAUGCUGGUGACGAGGAUAUAGAAGAUGACGAGGAGGACGAAUGGGACAAUAAGGAGGAGGCUGAAGCAGAGAGCAAAAACCUGGAUACUAGCACGAGUUCGAAUACGGAUUCUGACGAUAGGAUUUCUCGAACUUUACCUUUUAACUCGGUUGUUGAGGUUAUAGACUUUCAAGAAUACGCCGCAUUUACAAACAAUGGAGAUGGAACGGAACAUGAUCAAAUGCCACCCCCAGACGAAGAUGAUGCAGAUUUAUGA